GCUAACCUAGCCAGACUUCUUUGCUGUGUUUUCUCUGGUCUGUUCUGUGACAAGAUAUGGCGCAACGUCCCUUUGUCUUAGCGAAUGGUUUUGAGUAGAAAUGUCAACCAAUUGAUUUGUGAAAAGUGAUACACAUUACAUUUCUUCAGCUUUGAUAUUUUGUCUGACCUAUAAUCAAGAACGAACUGAAAGGAGCUGCUUAGCUUACACAUUGCUAACUUCAUGUUAGCAAUCAGCAAGUACGUGUAAAUGCUUUUCACGAGAAUGGACCUGUUGAACUCUCAGUUCCUGGACAAAAUGAACAACAACAUUGGGAGACUUCACUAUGAAGGUGAGUCCAGGAUGCCUUCCAUACCAACUGCAAUGACCAGCAUGAGAACUGGACCUCCUCCCAUAUGCCCCAGCAAAAGAAAGUAUGGUGAAGAACAAGUGGAAGAACGUAUUGACUGUGACAAUGACCAUAUGACCAAAAUGAGCCGUCUGUUUGCUGCACAACUGGGACGGCCCACUGGUGGAGUCAACCGCAAUGACCCCUGGAGCCACAGCCCGAGCCCUGCUGAGCGCAUCACUUCCUCUUCCAAUGGUCUCCAUGGCAACCACAUGUACACCUCAGUCCACAGCUAUAGCAUGGAGCAGCCACUGGCCCUGACCAAAAGCAACCUGGAUUCUAGUCUGGGGAGCACUGAGAUACCUGGCAUGUCUGGUCCUGUGGAGCGCAAGCAGAAUCGUCCUUCAGUGAUCACCUGUGCUCCUGCAAGCAAUCGUAACUGCAACCUCUCUCACUGCCACAAGAACGGUUGUUCACCUAGCCCACCCAUUGACCAGAGGAAGACCAACGCCAACACAGCCUGUGACCCUGUGAUUGAGGAGCACUUCCGCCGCAGCCUGGGGAAGAACUACAAGGAGCCAGAGCCUGUGUCCAAUUCCGUCUCCAUCACAGGUUCUGUGGACGACCAUUUCGCCAAGGCCCUCGGGGAGACCUGGCUCCAGAUCAAAGCCAAGGGAGGAGGGCCCCCAAGCCCAGAGACCAACUUCUGAUAUGGGGAGGCAGGAGUGACUGCUUCCCUGGAUGUUGGAUGGUGAAUCACACUCUUGUUCUGUGUUUCCUCAUGAAGAGUACAGAUGGUUCACCAUAUCCUUCACCUAGCACAACUUCCCCUGAGCUGAGAACAAGACAAAAUACGUAUUGGUUUGAAUAUGGUGCUCACUUUGGGUGCUCUUUUAUGGACCCAGAGGUUUUCUGCCAGCCUCUGUUAAAGUACACUUUACUGCCCUUUACCCACACCCCCACCGUUUUAGGUCACAUCAGGGGAGGAAAUUAAUUGGUUCAGAUUCUAUUUUGGAAAAUGCCAGGUUGAGAAACCAUCUAUAUGACUAGCAUUUUGUGGGCAGUGUUAUUAUAAUGUUACGAGUUUUGCAGACUUAAAGUAUAGUGCAGUAAUAUUUCUGAUCAUAUUAAUUGAUAGAUACCUCCAUGAAAGGUCAGAUGUUUUUUCCAAUCCCUCUUUUGCCUUACUUAUUAACCAAAGAAAUCCAUUGCCUUUUCCAACAAGAAGCCAUAGGUUUGCUUUGCGCCCUCUUUGCUCAUUUCUGACAUCCUAGGUUUACUAUGACAACAUCUUCACUCAUGUCACCCUGCUGUUUUUCAUGUUUUACUUGAAAAUGACAGCAAGGUCUGAUUUGCACUUUCAUGUGUAUGACUGUUUUGGCAACUCCUUACCUUUUUCAAUCUGAGCUAACAUGUUCAAGUGUGACAGUGUCAUUUUAGAUUUGCAAGUUUAAUUCUGGUAGUUUCCCCAUUUUUCUUCAGUUUUCCCACAGUACUGAACUGGACCUACAUAUUAACUAAAUAUAAUGUUAGUCUUUUUGUGUUUUAUUUUUCUACUCACUGUGGUUCACUUGGUAGAUUAGACAUUUGUAUUGAACUCUUCUCACCAAGAAGCAUGUUUUCAAAUAGCUGGGAUCUAUUACAAACUCUUUUUCUGUCUAUUUACCCUCAGAUUUAAUUUUUUAUCCUUAACAGUUAGAAAUACUCACUGCUGGUACAGUUGUACUCAAUAUAUGUUUUGUAUCUGGUUUUCAUUAGUAUAUGUCUACAUUAGCAUCCAUCCACAAAACACAGCCUCCGGCCAGGCUGGGAAUGCAGUUUAGCAAGCUAGAUUGCAUGGUUAUUCUAUGGCAAUGGAUGCUAUAGCUUUAUGCAUGAUUGAAAACCUUCAUAAUCGAUAGACCAGUCCUAUCUAAGAGUUGACUAUCUUCAUGAUACAGUCAUCAGUAAUACUUUUAUUUAUUCAAACUGUAUUGCCUCCGCUUAACUUUAAGCAUAUUCUAUCCCAUUUGAUGAAACCUUGUCAGAUUGACUACUGUUCUGAGUGUUGGAAUACAUUCCUCGGUCAUUAUUAGUCAAAUAUUAGAUUUCUUUUAAAAGUGUACUUUCCACCUACCUGGCCUUGAACAAAGCCUUUCUUAAGCGUCUUCAUACAGAGGCCUAAACACAGUGACUAUUCUUUCAGUAGGACCCAACUUGGUUACCUUUGUAACUUAAAUGAGGUCUUGUAAAUUUUAUUUAAGCGUUGUGAGCAGAAGUGUAUUUCCUCAAAAUGGUGGUCUUUGGAUGUGAACUGUCUAGAUUUGAAAGCUUAGAGGAAAAUCAGUGUGAAUGCCAUCCCAAGUCCAAAAGUCUUGAUAGGGCUGAUCCUUUUGAUGAAUAACUUGUAUUACCAUUAUUAUUUCUUUAGUAAACCUAGCUUAUGUGUCAACACUGACAGAAAAUGAUAUUGUACAUUGAGAUUGAGUAACUUUUCAGCCGUUUGAGAAAAUUAUAUAUGUGCAUUUAAUAUUCUACACUGUCUAAAAUUUACUAUAUUAACUAUCCUGUUUUUUAAUCUUUUGUUUUACUUGGACAUCUUAAGACUAUCGUUGCGCCGCGCGUAAUGAUUGUAGAGGAUUUUUUUUUUUUUUUUAAGAACAAUGUACUCAUGUAGCAUGGAUAUUCAUUAUCCUCUAACCAUGCCUUUUUAUCUUCAUCAAAAAGUUGAUCUUUUUCCAGGAUUGUCAAAGGUGUGAUAAGUGCAGGAACACAUCAGUCAUUCUAUGAAAAGACUCUCUCGGUACCAUGUCAGGAUGACUGCAGUGCUGCAGUCUGUAUGGACCGCAGUUUGGAAAUAAUGGGUUUUCUGGGGAUCUGCCUGUUUGACACAGGCCUAUUCUCAGCAAUGUCUGUGGGUUUCAUAUUCCAAUAUUAUUUAACUACAAGUAAACAGCUUGGGCCGCUUUAGAUAAGUUGCAGAAACUAAAUCUUCCUGGUGUCUUUCACACGGAAAAUGCAUUGAAAUACUGUUGCCUGUUCAUCUGUAUUUUGUUCACUUUUGGCCUUCUCAAGAAGAAAAUGCCACUGUUUUUCUACUUGAUUUCUUCUAAAUAAACAAAAGUGCUCUUUCACAGA